AUGCCUUGCAGUAGUGCGUCGACAAGUGGUUCGCAAAAAAAUAGAGAAAAAGAAGAGUUCAAAUCGAAACUGGUUGAUGCGAAUCAAUUGGUGGAGAAGUCGAGGCAUGUGCUGGACGAUGUGAAAGCAGCACUUGAGUAUGGCGGUAAAAAACUGACUGAUAAAGCACUUAAUACAGCUGAGAUAACGUUGAAGGGAGCCGGCGAUGAGGUCGAAGAUUUUUUCGCAGAAGUUCCUAAUUCUGUGGCUGGUAAAGUGAAUACGGGCUUUCAAGAUCUGCUAGAGAAGGCUGAUCAAGGCUUCACUUGGUUCUUAUGGAAUGUUGUCGUUCCAGUCGCUAUUUUCUUGAUCACUGGUGCUAUCAUCUAUUUAGCCGUUGUUUCCGGGUGUUGUGCGUGUUGUUGUGCACCAUUGCUGUCACAUUUUGGCAAAGCAAUACGAAAGCAAUGGUCAUCGAAGCAUAAAGAAGACAACAUUUUCAGUGGAAAACAAGUGAUCAUUCUCCGUACAAUUGAUGUCUCUGAACCGCUGAAAAAUGUUUAG